AUGUUUGGGCUCGGCCCCAACGCUUCCUUCGCUUUUCCUUCAAAGCCACCGCCGCCCAAGACUCCGAAAGAAUGGCAGGCGGUCUUGCAGGAGGUUAAGCAGCUCUACGAAAACCGGCAAUACAAGCAAUGUGCUGCUCGAGCCACGGAUCUUCUUGCGGCUACCAAAGGGAAUAAUCCUGAGCCCAUCUAUGCAAGCUACCUUGCCUUUCAUGCGGCAGUCUCAUUCGAAUACCUUGGUUCGACUGCCCAUCUCUUUUCCAGCAAGAAGGUUACCUUCCUUGAAUCGGCUUUGAACUCGUUUCUGGACUGUCUGUCAACGCUCCCAGCCUCGGCCGAGCUGCCUACGAAGGUGAACAGGGUUGUUGCAACUCCCCCACCAAGAGAGAAAGUGGUAGCUUUGCCCUCGUCACCCCGCACGCCUUCAAAUCGCGUGAAACCUGAACGAACACCAGCUCGAGAGACGAUUUGGGAGACUGCUUCGUUUGAUGAUCUGCAACGCCUUAUCGAAAAGUCUCUCGCUAUUCAGCAAGCAACUGCGAGAGAGUAUGCCGAAUACGCCCAGAGAGUGCGUGCUUUUGCUGCUGAGCACAGGGACGAGACCCCAUUUGUUCGAGCCUGUCUGGCAUCAGCUGAAGGGUUGGAGAGACAUCCCCUUUUCCGACUUAAACUACCAUCACCUCCAUCUGACCGCCAGCAUUCAUCUACUCCCAAAAAGGUCCUGAUGCCAUCCCCACUCAAGAUCACAAAGCCUGACGAGUCGCGCCCUGUGCAGCCCACCCGGGAGCCUCCUGAUUCCGGGACUCCUUCAAAGCCAGGGAAGCGGGACUGGGUUGAUUGGUCCUCGAGCGCACUUUUGCCCGACUCUUUCCUUGACGAGGACCCCGUCAUCGAUAAAGCUGGUGUUCAGGCCAAGGCUGAACUGCCAGGAGGGGAGAAGCUGUUCGUCCCUCGCCCCAACAGCAACCCUCAAACACCUGUGGUGAACCAGGUCUAUGACAUACGACCGGACAGCAGCACUCUGGGGAUCUUUGAUAACCUGAUCCAUGUCCCCGAUGCUCACCAGGACGAUGAGUCAGACAUGCCUUCCACUCCUUGUCCUAGUCCCCGGAUUCGCCGUCAAGCUCACGGACGCGCCAGAAGUGAAGAGACAGCCCACGAUGGCUAUGUUCAAAGGGCCAGUGGAAGUGAGACCCCGCUAGAUCCCGUUCAGAUGGCACGGACUGUCAAGUUCAACCGCCACGUUGAGCAGGUCCGGUCUCACAUCAAGGACACUGUCUCGGAGCUUCGGGUGCACUUGGACCGGGUGCUUGACAUCCAACACACCCGCCGCGCUCGAAAGAUGCAGCGCGCGCAGUCAUUUUGGAGCUUCACUCCCGCAGGUUCCGCCGAAGAGGCGGGGGAGGCCGCCCCUCGUGAAUCCUCUCUGGACGCAUUUGGCAAUGCUGUGAGUAAUGAGACCAAAGAAGAGCGAAUUGCGCGGUUGCGCGCUGAAGGCUGGAGAACCGUCGGUCUUCGUAAUCCGGAAAGCGCUUGGAAGGGAUCUCAUUAUUACAAGGAGUUUUGUAAUAUGGUCCUGAAUGAGCUGACGCUGCAGGAGUAA